GAAAGAAAAAAGACCGAGAAAAAGAAAGAAAGAAAAAUCUAAGGGAGUGCCAUGCGUUACAAAUUAACUUCAUGACGGCGAGUCUAAGCUCGAUAAUAAAAGCAAAUUUCUUUUAUUUUAUUUUCUUUUAAUUUUGAUUGGUUAACUUUAUAAAUACGACCAGCAGCAGCAGCAUUCAAGCGCACGUCACGUCAUGCACGUCACGUCACGUCACAUUUUCGAACUGACAUUCUUUGGUUAUGUCGAAGAAAAAAGAUUUCUCUUUCCAACCGAUAUAGAUGAUUAUUAGUGAAUUUUUUCAUUGAAUGAAUUCUCCUUCCUAACCUCGGGGCCUUCAAAGACCCCUGCAUCGCUAUCUUAUCCUGCCUGCCCUGUCGUACCAUGCCCCACCCUACCCCACUCCACUCCAUCAGUCCACCACUCUAUUUCAUUCCCAUUCCAUUCCGACCCACCUCGCCUUUCCUCGCACUCUCACACACACGCAGCGCCCUCACGUCCGGCUUCCCCUUCACUCUUCCCCUCUAUCUUUCGUCCUAACUCUCACCGAGCAGCGAUGCACAUCUUCCAUUCGAUGAGUGGACUAAGAUUUUUUUCCUAUAAUCAUAUCUCUACUACGAUUAGCUGCUACUCGUCAAAGAUUACAAUUGACUUUUUACCUUUAUCUAAUUUAAUAAUAACUUUUUGCUAAUUUGUUUUGUUCCUCAAGUCAAAGGCAGCAUUUCGCUAUAAUAAAAAGAGACGCUGAAAGAAAGACUAAAAACAUGGGAUGCAAUGCGGGCCGAUGCCUCGGUCCAGACGAUACGGGGUACCCUGGAUCAGGAUUCAUGGCAGCCAUUAGGAAGAAGUUAGUUAUCGUGGGGGAUGGUGCUUGUGGUAAAACAUGUUUACUCAUAGUAUUCAGCAAGGAUCAAUUCCCCGAAGUAUAUGUACCCACUGUUUUUGAGAAUUAUGUUGCUGAUAUCGAAGUGGAUGGUAAGCAGGUUGAACUGGCUCUUUGGGACACAGCUGGGCAAGAAGAUUAUGAUAGAUUACGUCCGUUAUCAUAUCCAGACACAGAUGUUAUUUUGAUGUGUUUCUCCAUUGAUAGUCCUGAUUCCCUGGAAAACAUUCCUGAGAAAUGGACACCAGAGGUGAAACAUUUCUGCCCAAAUGUGCCCAUUAUUCUUGUGGGAAAUAAAAAAGACUUGCGCAAUGAUCCCAAUACCAUCAAAGAGCUUGGAAAAAUGAAGCAAGAACCAGUCAAGCCAGAAGAAGGAAGAUCCAUGGCUGAAAAAAUCAAUGCCUUUGCAUACCUUGAAUGUUCUGCCAAGAGCAAGGAAGGAGUCAGGGAAGUUUUCGAGACAGCAACUCGAGCUGCACUUCAAGUUAAGAAGAAGAAGAAGGGAAGAUGUAGGCUUCUUUAAAAUGUAAUGUCAGAUGGGCCCAAAAAGUGGGUGAAAUUAUGGAAUUGCAAAGCUAGCUGCAAUAAAGCUAGUUGUAAUACUGGAGGCCCCCAGUGAAGACCAUAAUAUAAUAACAUCUUUUACCUUUAAUUCUUUUACAUAAUAAUCAAAUCUACAAACAUGUUCACAUCAAAGCCACUGAAUAACAAAUCUUUCAUGGUACAGGACUUCUUUAAACUAUAAUGAAAAUAUGCUUCAAGUUUGAGCGAGUGAAAGAUUGUCAUGUCAACUAUUUACAUUCAAAAAAGAAAAAAAAGCGAAAAUAACGUAACUGUUUCAUUGUAGUGGCCAUUACUGUUAAUAUUAGUAUCAUAUUACUAUUAUAUGUAUACAUUCUACUUUUUUUUAUACGUAUUUGCUCUUCAUGUCGAUGAUAAAACAGAACGAACGAAAUUGGGGGAAAAAAAUUAAUAAGAAAUAUUAAAAAUAAUAAUAAUAAUAAUAAUAUUAAACGAAAACAAAAUAAAAAAAAAUGCAAAAAACCAAAAAAAAAAAUAUAAUACGGAAGAAACUUACAUAAUAUGCAAUGCAAAGUUGUAAAACUUUUUAGAGCACUGUAAGAAUCUUAAGAGAAGAAAAAGCGUUACAGAUUCCAAAUGUUACGUCGCUAUUUGAAACGAACCAUCAAUCAAUAUUUCUUAACAAACAAACAAAAAAAGAAAAAAGGAAAGUAAUAAAGCCAACAAACAAACAUAAGUAAAGUAGGCGAGCAGAUCAUUUUCGUCUUUAAGGUACCAGUUAGACUAAAUGUAUUAUUAUUAUAAUAUUAUUGCUAUAUUAGUAUAAUACGACACUAACAUAACGGAUUGUAACAGCGACUAUAUUAUAUUUAUGUAUUUCGAAAACAUCCUUUGUGUUUAAUCACGAUCAUGAACAAUGCUUUAGAGAUCACACUGUAUCUAUAUGUUAAUAUGAAUCAUUCAUGCAAAAUACAAUAACAAAUUUAUAAGGAUCGUAUACGAGGAAAGACUACUAACCUGUCACGCGUAAUGCUCAAUUUUGAUUAAAAAAUGAUUUAGCUUAUUUUUUCAAUUAUUUUUUAAAUUUAUCAACUUGUACAUUUAUUUUCUUCAGUUUUGAUUUUAUACGUGAUUCUUCGUUACAAGCUUCUUUAUGAUAUAAUUGAAGUUGACAUUAAAAUAAAGAGAAGGAGAGACAAACGGACGAACAGAUGGGUAGACAGACAAGUAGAGAAUGCAAAAAUAAUACACUCUACCGCGUUUUCUCUUUAUGUUUUAAUUACGUAUAUCAGGGCAUUCGAAGUAUUUGUAAACGUAGCAUCGGGCAUGUUUAGUGAAGCCUAAUCUAUAAGGAAUUUAUUAAAGAAACAUAACCAAAAAAAACGGAAAAAAGGAACAACAAAAAUUUAAUAAGAAGUUUGUGAACCAAUCGAAUUAACGGCCUUUGGUACGCUAUAAAUACAAAAAAAAAAAAAACCUUAGCCAUUAAUUCAGUGAGUGACUGUGAAACUGUGUUCAUCUUGUUUUUUCUUAAACGAUUAGCUGUAUCAUUAUUGAAAUGCGCUUUUUGAGAAAAGGGUCCGAUCGCACAGUGGGCUAAACAAUUUUUAGCAAUGGUAAAUGGUAUACACCCACACAUAAACAUACGUACACACACUUUUACUACGUUUGUACUUUAUGUACAUACAUACACUUCCUGCUGUGUUGUUAAUUAACUUCAUCAGAAAAGAAAAGUAAGAAAAAAAUCUUAAUUACUGCCGACUACGAGCCCACUUACCCCGGUAUCGAAUUAUUAACAACAACAACAUCAACAACAAUAAUAAUAUCUAUUUUCGUUUCAGUAAUUUAUACUCUGUUGCGAGGUUUGGAAGUGAUCUUUACAAUUUGUACAUGGCUUUACUAUUACAUCUAUAUUAAUUACGA